AUGGCUUCACCGCGGUCCUUUGAAUAUAUGCUUAUAGCUGGAAAGCAGCGGUUAUCGUCUGGCAUUGAGUCGGAGCUUGUUCUUAAUCCUGAUAGUAGCGUAAUCAAUGAUGGCCUAUUACCAGUUACGGCAAAACAGCAGCGAUAUAUUGUCACAUGCUCAAACACCACAGUCGGUCAUUUGUGCGAGUACAUUUUACAGCGAGUUCGGAUUGAGUCGUAUGCCGAAACGAGCAAAAAGUCUGCGCAGUAUUUUGCGCAAAAGCGUGUACUUCUUUGCCUCGCAAAGUCGGAUCUGACGCUUGAUGAUGUACUGGUGGUAAACGAGACGGGUGAAGGCCAAUUUACAGCUGUGAAUGUCUGCGAACGAAACAGCUGCUCCACUACAGUUUCCGUCUUUACCAUAAAUUCGCCUUUUAAAGCGUUGGAUGAAUCGCUUACAAUAGAGCAGCUAAAGACGGAACACUGGUCGAACAGGAAAAGGCCAAUCAAACUUAUUUUUAAGUUUGUCGACCGUUCGUAG